AACUACAACAAUCCCCUCAAGUAUUUGUUUUUAGCACAAGUUACAGUUACAUAUUCAAUCAUACUUCAAUGGCACUCAGAGCAACUGUAAUGCAGAAUUUGGUGAGAUCAUUGGUGAAUAGGUCAAGAGGAAGUUUUGGAUUUGCUACUUCUACCUCACCCAAGAUGAAGGCCUUCUCGCCUGCCGCUGAUCACGGUUAUGCUCAUCAAGAUCCCAAAUCAAAGACGUUGAAAGGCGAAUAUGCACCCGUAUACGUCUCACUCGGAUUGAUUCUAAUGUCGGUUAGCAUCGGAACAUACACGGCGACACAUCAACUAAAAAGAUCACCAAACGUUUUCGUGAAGAAAUCGAAGAGGGAGACACUACCAGAGCUGGUGGAGCCGGAAAAGGUGGCCGAAGAGUCCGAAGAGUUCAUCAAGAAAUCAUUCUUCAGGAAAAUCGCACACGUGCAGGACGCGGACCGCCAAGAAAUCAUGCCUGAUCCGAUCCGAGGGGAUACUUACGCAAUGCACCCGAAGCCUUAUACCGAAUCGUUGAAGUCGGUUGGAGUGGAGGUGGAGAAGAAGCCAUUUGUUGAGUUGCGGCCGAUGAAACACUGAAGAUGAGUGGGUUUAUGUGUGAAAACAGGGUUUUUGUUUGUGGUUUGUAAAUAUGUUUACUGUAGUUUUGGAUUGUGAUCAUGGGAUUAGACGGUUGUUGGUUUCAUAACUGCACUGAAGCAACAGUUUGUAACAACAAAAAAUAAAUCAAUGUUGUCAGGCGUAUCA